AUGGCGUCGUCCCAGCUCUUUGAUUUGAAUCAGCUCGCUGGGAUGCCGACUGGAUUGCCGACAGAAGAAUGGCAGAAUUCGGCACAUGGCAUAGACCUGCACAAACAUGCGCCGGGCGCGUCCGCGUUUGAGCCGCCGGCAAUGCAUCCCGACAUGAAUUCAAAGCUUUUGUCUGAUGUUCAAGCGGUAUUUCACUCCGCAUCGGGCGUCUCGGGCCUGGACGUCACAGGCGGCGCUCACGCCGUUCCCCAGCCGGCAAUCCGCGUAAACGUUCCACUCACAGAGAGCGCAGAAACACCGACACCGCCAGGGGCACAUACAGCAGACAAUGUGCAUCUCCCUAGCAGGAGAGAAAGCUUUGCCGUGCAAUCACAGACGCCCCUUCUUUCCGACUCCGACUCGCCACAAGUCAUGAGUCCCACGGGCAAUAUGCACCUUGCAUUUUCCCCAACGAUGGCUGAUCCAUGUGCGUCAAUGGAUUCCGACCGUCUCGUGAACGAUAUCCAAACCAAGAUAGACGACCUUGCCGCGAAAGCAGCCGAUGCCCGCGUUCUUUUUCACGGUGGACAGUACGAAAAGUGCAGCCGGAAUUUGAGCGAGGUGCAGCGACAGCUCAAAACGAUUGGAGAGAUUGGUGCUAAAGGUCUUUCCAUGGUAGCAGAGCAGCAGCAGAAGAAGAAAAACGGCGGUGCAUGCCCCUCACACGACCAAGAGAAAAUGCUUUACACGACCGCUUACUUUAGCACGCUCCAGGAAACUGGAGAAACACGCAAGCGGCCAAUGCCCUCUGAUUUAUCGAGCGAAUUUUCUGUAAAAACAUUGCGGGGCACUGAUCGCCAAGGGGUGCAUACACCACAAAGCGUCCCGCUGGAACACUGUGCAUCGCACGAAGCGACGAGCAUGUUUGGGCCGCAGUCCGUCCACUCGCCCAUCUACGAACAAAUUCGAUUGCUACAGCAGUCGCAAGCUUCGUCGCUUCCGGCCCAAACGCCUCUUUCUUUUGGCGAAGCGGGCUUACUGAGCUCCAAUGGAGAGAAGAGUAGCACACCUUUGCUCAAAAACCCGGCAAGUCCACUGAGCGCAAGUCCCGUGCCUAGAGAAUGCGUGCCUGCGCUGCAGCAAGCCGAAAGCGCGCCGCUGGCCAUGUCUGCCAACGAGGCGCUCCAGCUUGCCCUCGAUGCCAACGGUCUUGGCACGCCAAAAGCGUGGAACGAGCAGCAGCUGGACGGGAUACAAGACCAGUCGUUAUUUUCCGUGGAUGCGGGACAGGACGAUGCGCUUAUGCACAAUGUCGUCAGUGCCAACGAGCAGGCAAACAUGGACGAGCCUGCGGAUGGGUACCCAUUUAUGGACCGCUCGAGUUCAGCCGCUGAAAUUCCGCCGGCCUUGCGUACCGAAUUGGAGGAGGCUUUUCUUGUAUUUCUCAACGCACUGUGCUCCAAUCUUGACGCCAAAGACGACCGCGGCGAGCUGAUCCACCAAACACUGAUGCCCAAGAAAAUGGCGCGUCUCGACGAGUGCCCUGGCUUUCGCCCAUUCAAGUUCCGCAUCCAAGCGUUUACAAAUGCGUUCCAGUCGGAACUGCACCGCCGGGGGCUGUGCGACGAAGAAUGCAGCAUCAAGCGCAUCAAGCACUUUCUCUGGACACACCCCUACAUUUCGCGGUACAAUGAGGACGGGCGCAAAGCGAAGUCCAAAGGUAACCAUAUUUGGAACGUGGAUGCAAAAAAGGUGCCGGAAGGAGGCUGGGUCUUUCGCACCUUUUUGCCCAAAAUCUCUGGCGCCUCGAGCAAAGUUGCACAUGUAAACGAGCGGUGGACGUGGAGUUUGCGCAUUUGGGACCCCCAAAUGUCUUCGAGCAGUAUCAAGGUGGCCUACUCGGUCAACAAACUUCCUUCAUGGCUGUCAUGGGCGGACGGAGAAAAUUUGCUCACUGGGAUUCCCACAAGCACCGAGCAGGGCGGAGAAGUGAGUGUUACGGCGCUCUAUGUACACUUGGGGCAGUUGCACCGUCUGGAACACUCUUUCUUUCUUCAGGUACUUCCAAAUCACGACGGCACUAUGCUGGUGCCGAGCAAGGAUCUCGAGAUGGAAGGUGCGCAGCCGUCGAUGCUGUUGAUGCCACCUGCUCCAGGCACAACUGGCCAUACCAUGCAAAAUACAGCGCCGGUCGGCGCCCCACAAACUCCCCUGGAGCGCGAAUCGAUCAAGUACGAUGUCGUGGAGCCAUCUCAGGCGCCAGGAAUGUUAUCGUCGUUUGCCUACCCAUUCACGCCGCCGGUGUACAUGGAAAAACAUGCCAGCAUGGAGAAGACGAUCUUGUCUGCGAAUACGGAUUCGAUCGCACCGCCCUCGCAGCAAUUUGGGAUGCAGCCAAACAUACUGGCGCCAUCGCAGCCGAUGGCACAGCAAGCCGUCUUCCACGGCGGAGCCCCUAUGGAAAAAGCACCGACCGAAGGAGAGAAUUUGGGCUCGCCGUACCCAAGUCUUCACCAGGAAUUGAUGGGCGAAGAUGCUUUGAAUAUGCAGCAAAUGUGGAAUACAAUUGAGCGCAGGCAGCAGGAGCAUGUUGCGUCGUUUAUGUUGUCGCUCCCAGCACGCCGCCCAUCAUUUAGCGUCAGCGAGCACCAGGGGCAAAGCACGCCGAUGUCCAACAUGCCUAGCGACUUUGAAUCAUCGCUCCCGGAGCUGCAUAACAAUACAGCAUGA